AUGCAAAAAAGUUGGAUUUUUUUCUUCCUCAUUUUCUUUUAUUUAUCUCAAAAGAAUAGUUUGGAAUUGAGUAAUAAAUUGUCGAGGACAAAUUCCGCCCUCACUAAUGAUGAUGAAGAUAAUUUUGAACACGUGCAGAAUAAAACAAGAACAAGACAGAAUGCCACCUUGACAGAGGUAGAUGGAGAUACAUGUUUGAUAUUUUCUGCCAAACAAGGGGAUCCCUCCAACUGCUGGUGUCCUAGAGGAUACAUCAUGUGCAGUGAAGAAGAUGUUCGGGAUGUACAAUCAAAGUUGCAUAAAAUCAAAGAUUUGAAGGAUCGAAAUGAAGUAACUCCUCCAUGGAUUAAAAGACUUUGUGAUAAUUCAAAAGAAGUUGGUUUUAAAGGUAUGUCAGUAAUUAUUGACUAUGAAUUGGCAGUUCUUUGUAAUGAUGAAAAUGAUAAAAUAAAUGCAGAUUUCAAAAUAAUUGGUGCUUCUGGAUUUAUUCCAAAUGAACAAGUAAUUGAACAAACACAGAAGGAUCCUACUUAUGUUCCACGGAAAUGCACUGUUAAUAAUUUUUACUUAUGUCGUAAGGUCGAAAAUGAUAAUGUCAAUUGUCAGUAUUCUCCCUGGUCCAAAUGGGGCCCUUGCAUAGACAACAAGCAGAGAAGAAUGAGAAAGGUUCUCAGAUCAAACCAAAAUAAUGAUAACUUUUGCCUCUGGAAUGGUAAGAAAAUCCCCCGUGGCAUAAUCGAGGAGACUCGUCCCUGCAAGCAAGGGUAG